AUGAUCUCACAACCAGUCUCUGUACUACCACUGCCGCUUGCCAGUGAUGCUGGUAUCGAAAGAAAAUAUUUCACACUAUUACCAUCGAUAGCGGACACACACGUGAUCGAGGACGAUCUUAAGUAUAGAUUAAACAAAUGUGCUUUCGAUUCGCCCAGGCGGGUGUCCGUGAAUUUACCUACUCCUUCCACUUCGCCCAUCUCUUCGUUGAGCGACUUUCGCACACUGCCUAUCUCGCCAGCUAGCAGUGUAUAUAAUAGUGGGAGUGAAUCCUCGACUUCCACUGAUAGCUCUAGAAGGAAUCGAGUCUCAAAGCAGGAAGCGGGAGUUUCAAAAGUUGAACAGAGACGCAGGCACGUUUGUAAAGUUUGUUCUAAGGGAUUCACUACAUCGGGUCAUUUGGCAAGACACAAUAGGAUACAUACGGGUGAGAAGAAUCACUUUUGCCCACUAGAAGGUUGCAAUCAACGGUUUAGUAGACAUGAUAACUGCAUCCAGCAUUAUAGAACGCAUUUGCGUAAGAAAUAG